AUGGAAAUUUUGCCACUAUCUGGACGUAAGUUUAUGUCACUGUUUGAACUCGCGUUUUGCCUUGGAUGUGGAUAUGGGAUUGUAGUUGCUGGCGUUACAUUAAAGUAUCUAAACUGGAGAUGGUUUGAUACUUUUGCAGAAACAAUACCAAUUGCGUUGUCAACAUUUCUAGUCUUUUACUUGCCAGAAUCCCCCAGAUAUCUUUCAGCUGCAGGAAAACGUGAAGAAGCCGAAAAGUCUCUGGAAAGGAUAGCUGAAAUGAACGGGUGUGAAAAAGGAUAUGUUCCAUUGGGAGAAGCCUGUGCCGAAGCUGAAUACCAAGAAGAAGGGGCAAAGAGAAAACUUGAAUCUGAAUGCAAACUUUCAAGGAGAGAAUUAGCAGAAAGAAUAGCUUUGCUUUCACUUUUGCAGUUUUACGGAGAUGUUGUCUCUGGAACGAUGCGCUUUGGGUCAAUGCAGUUUGGUGAAAAUUCUGAUGUUUUGGGAUGUGGAAAAUGUUUUCAAAAUCUAACGUACAAAUACCGUUGGUCUGUGGAAACAGCUGUUUUAUUGUCCUUUGUUGCGUCUUAUUGGUUGUUGAACAAUGUAACAAGAAAGCUUACUUUGAAGAUUUUGGUUGUUUACCUUGCUGUUUGCCUCGUACCAUUUUACUGGCCUCUGCGUGGCUGGCCGCUGCUUAUGGCACUAGCUUUCACAGUCCUUGGUUCUUCGACGCUUAAUAAUGUUUUGUUAGUUUACAGAGCAGAACUCAUUCCUACAUCCUCUAGGACGUUUGGGUGCGGCUUAUCUGACGCUUUUGGCCAGUUUGGUAUUAUGUUUGGUCAAAUCAUCGCACUUUACCUGUAUCAUGUCAGUAUUCCUCUGUCUUUUGGCCUUGUGCAUGGCCUCACAGUAUUGUGCUUUGUUGCUGUGUUUACAGCCCUCAUAGAGACAAAGUAUGAUUUCUUAACGUGA